AUGAAAUCGCUCACAAUCACACUCCUAGCCCUAAGUACCGUGGUGCAUGGAAUCGAGGUAACUACCAACACUAAUGUCUUAUACCCGCUGAAAUUAAACCCCUCAAACCAACAGCAACGCGACUCCUGCUCCUCUGGCUCCCAAUCAAUUACCCAAGUCACACUUGGUCAGACCUAUGAAGUCUGCUGCCCCGGUACAGCCGAAAGCAUCGGUGAUAUUCAAUACUGCUGUGUCGGCGGCAAUACCCACGAUAACAAAAAAAGAGACGAGAAACGAGAUCUUUGCUUCCCGUUCUGUUUCUCUUCUGGAAGCGACUCGACUACCACGACGUCUUCGUGUAUCACGAAAGUACCCGUCACAGCGGCGGAUUACUCCGAUCGUGUGUCUAGUACGACAGCGACUACGACCUCGGUUAUGACGACGGCGACAGCGACAGCGACAGCGACGACUGAACUUAAUGCGACUGUAACUACGUCUAGAUCGACGUCUUCUGGUCAAGGUGGUGCGGCGCAGAUGGUGAAUACAGUUCCUUUUCUUGUAGGCAUGGGACUGAUAGUGAUGAUGAACGGUAUUUUGCUCCUUGUAUGGUAG